AUGAAGGGUAAAGCUAAGGCUAAUAGGGAUGAUCCCUUUGUGGAGAAUGCCCACAUUUUUGAGGAUCAUGACAGCUCUGAUUCUGAUGAGGAUUCUUCUAAUCUUCCUCUGAAAAAGAAAUUGAGGGUUAAUGAUAAAGCUAAAGAAGACAUUGAAGAGAAUGUUGGUUCUGAGCAGGAGCAGGAGAAAGAGGUGGAAGAAGAGACGGAGAACGAGCAAGAGGAGGGUGAGGGUGAGGAAGGGGAUGAGCAGAGAGAAGAGGAUGUUGAAGAGUCAGAGGCGAAGGAUAAUCCCUAUAUUUUGGAUAACAAGGAUGAUGUUCAACAUAACAGGAAGGAGAGAAACCCUAGGUCUGAGGACUUUGCCCCAGAUUUGGAGAACACGAAAUCCAUUCUGAAUGCUGCUAGAAAUUGCACCCUGGAAAUGUUCAAUUUCCAAAAAUGGGAUAAGCAGAAUAAAGAAAUUGUGGUUAUUGAUGAUGAGCCGGCUUCUAGUUCUGUUCUACACUCUUCCAGACGCAGAACCAGGCAAAGUGCAAGUGAGCUAGAGCUGAAGACUAAAGGCAAUCAACAGAUGCAGGAAAAUAAAGACCUGAAAGAGACAACUAAUGCGAUGAUGAUGCUGGUCAAGGAUGCAUAA